CAGGGGCGGAUAGAGUCCAGCGCGGACACUUCUGAACCCUCUCACUCCACUGUUGGGUUUUCAGAAUGAUGCAGGACAAGAUCUUGGCGCUUUUUGCGCUAGCUUGGCUUUAUUCUUCUGGAGGACAUGGACAAACUGACAUUAAAAUUCCCUGUGAUGAUAAACGUGUGGAGGAUGUUGUGAAUUUAACUCUUUCCACACAUAAUAAGAUAUUAACUGAAGGUUCUCAACUUGCUCUCUAUGAAAUCCUGGAGGCUAUAAAGGGUCAGAAUGGAUCGGCAGAAGUUGUGUUCGUACGGUUCACAAGCAGAGAGACAGAUUGUCCAGCAGGAGGAGACAAGGUUUGGCAAGAGUGUGACUAUCUGCAACAAGCAGAUAAGGCACUCAGAAACUGUCAUGCGAAAGUCCAGUUCACAGAAGCAGAUCAAGAGUUACUGUCACAUGACUGUUCAGCUGAGCCACAUGUUUCCUCUGAAGUCGCCCCUUGUCUGGGCUGCCCUGAAAAGAUCGAUUUACAUCUCGAGGAACUGAGGGGACCGCUCAUUCAUUCUUUGUCGAAGGCCAACGGCCUGAUCAAUCACAUGCAUUUCUUCAUCUUUAAGGACUUGACAUCAGCAACAAAACAGGUGGUUGCUGGAUUCAGGUAUAAAUUGCAGUUUGAGGUUGAGAAGAGCAACUGCACCAGACCAGAAUUCAAAGUAGUUACUGAGGAGUGCCACCCAAUGCAGGAAAAUACGGAGGUCUUGCAGUGUAACUCGACUGUGGAUGUGGCUCCUUGGAGGCACGAGGACCCAGAAGUGCAUGUUGGAUGUCAGGCAACAUUUGUUAAGCGCGUCGCUAGAUUUAAACGUCCCCCAGGCUGGUCUCCUCUUAGGAUCCAGCCUACCGUAAAACCGAGUCCACCGACGCAAGUCAAAGAAUCCUCCGAGGAAUCCAAGGAGAGCAUCGGCACGAGCCCCAGCCCCAGCUCAACGCUCAACUGUCCCAGCAAACCCUGGAAAGAGUUCAAGCCUCUCGCUGUCAGCAUCGCUCCUCCCAACACUACAGAGUCUCCACAGCCAGACCCCACCGCAGCAGUGAACUGAGCCUGUGUGUGUGUUUAAACAUCACCUGAAGAAGAACCAAAGGAAAAUCAACAAACAUACCUACUUAGAAUGUCAUUCAUGAUGUUUUUCAUUCAUUUGUUUGUGUAUUCUACACUAAUUCACAGUACACUGUCUCAUAUUAAACAAUAAAGACCAAGAUACUGGUGGAA